GGUCGAGCAGUCCAGGCCCUGACAACGGCAUUGACACGACGGCCUUUGUGGCCGAUGAACUGUUGAACAUCAUGCGUAGCAGAGCAGAAGCGGCGCAGGAAGGCGGUGUCCCUGCUGGUACGCAGCAGCAGCAGUCUGAGCAGCAACCACAACAGCAACAGCAGCACCAGCAACAGCGACCCGUCAAUGCGUUGGCAGCCAAAAGUCUUGACGACCGCAUUAAGGACAUUUUCAUAAUUAGCGAAGGCAAAGGUGUGACGCUUUUCAAUACCACGAGCACGGACGACGCAUCUUUUAUGCCCAUACCAACUAUGCUCGGUGAUCAGCCAGGGCCCUCCUUCGUCGGCCAGGCAUACACAUUAACUGAUCAACAAGCACAGCAGAAAGAGCAGCAACAAGAGCAAAUACCAAUACCAAUGCCAAACCCACAGCCCAAUCACUACCAUCAAUAUCAGAGUCUGACCAAUGAACAGCAAACGUUCAAAGUGCAGAGAUCACCGGAUGGCAAGCUGAGUCUCGUCUUUAACGAUCCACUCGUCUCUUUGCAGCAGACAGCUCAGCAGCCGCAGCCGAAUGUGCAACAACCUUCUAAAAAACCACGCCAGCCGAUUUCGGACACUUUCGUCUUUCCCGAUCAAACAGCAAUACACAGACCAGUUACGCCGGCGCCCCUGCCUGUAGACACCGGCAGUCAUCAGUGCGCGGAUGGAUUUAAGGAGAGUCGGUCCUUUUGCACCAAGGUGAAGAACUAUCCAGACAUAUCGAACCUGAAGGACGUGCUGUCCCGUAAUUUUGCCGGCUUCUUUAGCGAUGAACAGCAGCCGGUGGAGCUGGGAGUUCGCAUGGAUGGUAGCGAGCAAGUUCUCUGCAAGAGCCGAACGAAAUACCUAUACCCCGAAUUGGGCCAGAGCUUGGAUCAGAGUUGGCAUGUGAUUGUCAAUACCGAGGAGUUCAAGCAAGGCAUUCGGGUUGAGGAAUGCGAAGAUGAGGGUCAGCCCUGCAACUUUUUGGAUAGUUUCUAUAACAACUAUCAGCCCGUGUGCAAACAGCACUACAUUCUCAAGCAUCUGGCGACAAUUAACAAUAGCACAGGGGGCGAGACAACGGUCAGGAAGAGUCCAAUUAAGAUACCAUCCUGCUGCAAGUGCGUGAUAAAGACCACCAUCGGUGGCUUAUGAAAUCUCUGAGGCUCCUCCAGAUCAAACGUUGUCGU